AUGGGGUUCUUUAAACCAUCAAAGAUACAUGAUGAAGUAUCUGAAAAUACUUAUGAGGAUAAUUAUGUUGGUAAAGCUCUGAGACUACCAUCAGCUAAAGAACCAUAUAUCAAUUCUGGAUUUGAUGAACAUUUUUCAAAUAAUAAGAUAGAGACCACUACAACUGAUAAAGCACCAAGCGUACAUAGAGUAAGAUCUAAGAGACAUAGUUUUUUUACAAAGUUAUUCAAGAAAACCACAGAGGUGGACCCAGAGGAGGAAGGAACUAGAAGGGAUCCAUUGAUAAUAAAUCAACAGGUAGAACCUUAUAGCAAUGUUAGAGUGAUUGAAAGAGAGUUACACUCUGAUGAAUCUUCUAUUUUAGAUUUGAAUCUAGUCAAUGGGGAGGAUUUAAAGCCACUAAAAUCAACUAGAUUGACCUGGAGAUCCAGAAGAAAUAAAAAUCAAAAUUCAAGAAGCUUAAGAACCAAUUCAAAUAAAUUUGGUAGUAGAAGAUCAACUAUCAGAUACUUUUUUCGAAGAGACAAGGAACUAGAUGCUGAAGAAGAAGAAGGCGACGAAGACGAAGAAGUUGAACAAGCUGCUAAUACCUCUUCUGUCUAUGAUGUUAAGGAAACAUUAACUCAAAGGUACAUGACGCCUAGUGGCGAAGGAUAUGAUAGACUUAUGGAUGAUUUGGAUAAUCUUCCACUAGAAUUCACCACGAAUGAACCACUGACUAUUCAUCAAAAAGUUUCUAAACUGUUACAUUCCUUGAGUCCUCUGAGAAAAUCACCAAAGUCUAGUUCUAUUGCAAAAGAUGAUGGAUCACAACCAGAAUAUUUUAACCCGUACGAUAUAGCCAAAAGGUAUAGGGAAGAACAUAAUGUGUUUGAAGACACAGAUGAUUUAAUUGAUGAUGAUCCAGAUAAGGAUGAAAUUACUCAUGUUUCAAGAAGAGCAAGCAUCUUUGAUGCUUUCAGAAGAUCCAAAUCAAUUAAAGUAGCUGAUCCAAUCAUCGAAAAGAAUCCAAAUGAUGUUAUCGAUAAUGCCCAAAAUGAUAAUGAUCAAGAAGAAGAACCUUCUAUCAGAAGAAGAAUUUCCAGAAAGUUCAGUGCAAGAUCUAAGAGGAUACCGUCUGAAUCCAACUUUGACACUUUGAGAUUAGAAAAUGAAGAUGAGUUUACAAAAACUAGACGUAAUCCAUCUAGAAGGAUUAGUCAAAGAAGUUCUAAAACACAGGAAUCCAAAUUUGAACCAGUCUCUAAUGAGGAUACACUCAAUGAAGAUCCAUUCAGCUCAGAUUCUUCAACAACAAUUAUGCAGAAUGAUCAUGGUUUAGAAUUAUUUGAUAAACUUUAUUCAAAAACUCUUGAUGCUGUGGAAUUAAAAAAUAAAAUUGAAAAUGACGAAGAUUUAAGUGGUUCUACAAGAGUUGAUAUUUCAAUAGCCGAUAGUGGUGAUUUAACAUCUAAACCUUUAUCAGGUUCAGGUUCAGGUUCUCCAAUACAACAUAACAUAGUUGCAAAUUUUGCCAGUGUGGAUAAUGAGAAUACAAAUAGUCAAAGGAUUUCUUCAUUUUUACAAACAUAUUAUGAACCUUCAAGACCUUCAACAAAAGCCAUUAGCAGACGAACUUCAAGAUCCAUGUCCAGAGCUAAAGAUAUUACAACCGAUGACCAAAACGAGCAUCAAAUCGUGGAAAAACAUCGCCCAUUAACUGCCACUGAACAAUAUAAUAAAGAAGUUGAAGAAAACAGACUAGAGAUGGAAGAACUCAAGUUUCUGAUCAAUCGAAAUAGAAGUCACCAUAGGAAAGUAAUUAAUGGGCAAAUUGACCAGCUUUCAUAUAAGUGA